AUAUACUUUAUCGUUUCCAUCGUGUGAUUCACUGUUUUUAUCUCCGUCAAGAGAAUUCCAUUAAUUUAAUCUUAAGAAAAAGUGAAAAGACUGCUUUAUACAAUGGCCAAAAACACAUCCAGUUCAGCAUUUCGUAAAAUUGAUGUCGACCAAUACAAUGAGGACAACUUUAAAGAAGACGAGGCCGAUUCUGUGGCAAAUUUGGUGAUAGAUGAAAACGAGAUCACCAAUCUUCUGACACAAGGAAAAUGCAUUGAAGCUUUGGUGUCGGUUUUACAAAAUGCCCCCUUAAGAUGUAAACAACAGCAUGUCAAAGACCACGCCCUGAACAUAACGCUAAGAGUUUUGCUUUCGAUUAAAGCCUCACAAAUGGACCAGGCCGUAGAAACAUUGGAACAAAUUGACUUACUAGAUGUCCUGAUGAAAUAUAUAUAUCGCGGAUUUGAGAUACCAUCUGAGGGUUCUAGUGGCCACUUACUACAAUGGCAUGAAAAAGUUUUUGCGAAAGGUGGAGUUGGUUGCAUUUGUCGGGUGUUAGCUGACACUAAUCGCGCUUGAAUCGACUCUACAUUUAUUGAUAGUUCGAAAACAUUGUUCAUAAGUGGGUAGUCCAUAUACUAAUUUUUUCUAAACGCGCUAUUUGUCACAACAAAAAGCAACAUAACCCUUCAAAGCCAUCGAUCUGUAUUAUUGGUCAAUGCCAUUUUUGAGUUCAGUUCUUUUACUGAGAUGGAUUUAGAUCAAGAAUUUUACUUCCGUAAAACGCAAAAAUAUCCUAAUUGUAUGUUAAUUUAAAUUGUUUUUCAUUCAUAAAAUUAGCACCUAAUAAAUAAUAAAUAUCUAUUAUAUUUGAA